UUUACCUGUCCACGAGAUGGCGCCGGCGUCGCCCUAACACUUCCGCUUUUCGAUUAGAUACCUGUAGAUCUAUUAUAAGAGCUAUUUAUCGCAUAAGAGGAAAAAAAGGACAUGCAUUAUUUAAUCUUAAUUGUUGUCUCGGCAACAAUUUUGCCUUUAGUGUGUGAAGCUAUCUCCUGUGCAAGCUGUCAACAGCUAGCCAACAAGGAAUGUCAAGAUCCGAUCUCACAAGCUGAUUUUGACACCUACAAUGGUGAUUGUGGGGACGACAACGUAUGUGUCAAGAUGACAACAAUAGUCAAGAUCAGGGACUCUGGCUACAUUCAAGGCUGGGAGAGAGCUUCUAAGGUUGUGUCUCGUUAUUGCGAAGCGAAAUCAGGCAAGCCAGACGGGUGUCGGGGUUGGCAGAAUAAUGGAGGAAUCACCAUCAAAUGCUACUGCUCAACAGAUGGCUGCAAUUCCAGCCAUUUUGUCUCUCCAUCACUUGUUUCCUUAGUUGUUUCUAUCGCUGUGGCUUUAUUUCUUAGUUUACAUGUAGCGCAGCAUUAAUUACAAAGUGUGUUGUUACUUUGAAAGGAAUAUUUGUGUGUGCUUGUGAAUUUGAGAGCAAUCUUUUCUUUUUUUUUUUAAUUUGUGCCACUGUUUAUAAUUUAAGAAAUGGUGAUUGUCAAAAGAAAGGCACUUUUGUAUCACUACUUAAUUUGGAAAGAAAUCUUCCUCUUAAGAGGUGAUACUAAAUGUAUGUCAGUCAAUGUAGGUUAAAGGCAUGAAGUUGAUGGAUGAGUUGCACAAGUCUUUGUGAGUGUUCAUUACAUUUGUUUGUAUCAAUUUUUUAAAUCAUUACAUUUGUUUCUUGUGUUUGUAUAUUCAUGUACAUAAUGCACCAUUUCUUUUGUAUAUUUUUAUGCAAAUAAUGAAACAUGAUUUGAUUUGUGAAUCUUUUUUUUUUCUUAAAACUGCUGUUGGUAAAAAUGGAAAUAUUUGAACAUUGGACUAAAUUGAUUGUGCAAGACUAUUUUUUACUCUUGAGCGGACUUGUUGGUUUGGUACAUUUUUACUGUCUAGUGAUAUCAAAACUACAUUUAUAUGUCUGAUUCAGGUAGAAAAACUUCUCUACAUUUCAUCAAAAUAGUUUUUGCUGCUUUUUUUUUUCAAAGAAAGAACUAUGCUUAUUGAUGUUUGUAAAUAUAUCAGAUAAUAUGAUAUUGGACCUUUGAUAUUCCAACUAUUUGAACUGUGACCUCCCCAUCAGAUUUUAUAAGGAAACAUUAACUGUAAAACUUGGGUUUUUUACUUGACAUUAUGCCAAGGGGUCAAAGAAAAACAAAAGAUGUUGGUUUUACUUGAAAGGUUGCUUUUUUUUUUUUUUUUUUCAAAUACAUGUGAACAGGCUAUAGCAUCUUAUAUUUAUAUUACUAAAAAAAAAUACACUUUGAAACUGUAAUAUUAAAAAAAAUUAGCAGUCAACCAUAUAGGAUUAUCCAGUACUGAAACUAUGAACUAAGAACAAAUUAUAUCAUUCUUGUCAACAUUUUUUAUUUGAAGAAUAUUUUGUUGUCUAGAAAUCAACUAUAUUUAUAGCUUUUUUCCUCCCAUGUAAACUUGUACAUUUCUAUAUAGCAAUAUAUUUUCUGUGUUUU